GUAUUAAACCAAUGAAUCUAAAGUUAAAGCGUUAAGAGAAUUUCCCUUACCUCAGACAAAACGGCAGUUACGAUCGUAUUUAGGCGCCUUCACGUAUUAUCAACGGUUUUUACCCAAUUGUGCUUGUAUUUUAGCUCCUUUACAUAAACUAGCAGCCAAUUAUGUUUCUAAAAAUCAGCCUGUAAUAUGGACAGCCGACACUAAAUUAGCUUUUGAAAAGUCCAAAAUGCUCUGAGUGAUUUUAUUAUGCUUAAUCACCCGAAACCGGAUGCAGAACUUUCCAUAGCCGUCGACGCAAGUCUAACUGGUGUUGGCGCUAUCUUACAACAAAAGAUAGGAGAGCACUGGGAACCUCUCUCAGUUUUCAGCAAAGCUCUCAAUACUGCCCAGCAAAAAUAUUCUACAUUUGAUCGAGAACUUCUAGCAGUUUUUCUGAGUAUUCGUCACUUUCGCUACUAUGUUCAAGGUCGGGAAUUCUUUAUUCUUUCCGAUCACAAACCUCUUUCUUUUGCUCUGCACAAAACAUGGAGAGAACUUCACCUCGGCAAAGCAGACAUCUAGAUUUCAUCAGUCAAUUCACUUCUGAUAUCAGAUAUAUACCUGGUUCUGCAAAUAUCGUAGCUGAUGCUCUAUCCAGAUCAACAAUUGCAGCGAUUUCCGAUCUUUCUCCUUCUCUUUCUCUUACUUCUAUCGCUCAAGAGCAAAACACGGACCCAGAAAUACAGGCAUUGUUAAAUAAUCCCAUGAGUUUACAAUUAGACUUUGUUGAUACCUCAGUUCCAGGCUUAACUUUAAUUUGUGAUUCUAAAUUACCCAAUAAGAGACCAGUUGUACCUAAGAAAUUUAGGCAAAAAAUUUUUGACACUUUGCAUAAUCUUAGCCACCCUGGACUUAGAGCUACUCAACAUUUAAUUCAAGCUAGGUAUGCAUGGCCAAAUAUGAAUUCAGAUAUUAGGAAAAUGUGUCGAGCUUGUAUCCCAUGCCAGAAAUCUAAAAUAACUAGACAUACUAUUUCACCCUUACAACCUAUUUUAGCUCCCAAUAAAAGAUUUUCAGAAGUAAAUACUGAUAUAAUUGGACCUUUGCCAGUUUCGAACGGUUAUUCUUAUUUAUUAAUUACGGUUGAUAAAUUUACCCGUUGGGCCGAAGUAACGCCAAUGCGAGAUAUAACUGCCGAAACUGUCGUUAAAACUUUUCUUUUAUCAUGGGUAAGUAGAUUUGGAUCUCCAACGGUAAUAACUACUGACCGGGGUGCUCAAUUUAGAAGUUCUUUGUGGGACAAAAUGAUAAAAUUUUUAGGAAGUCAGCAUAUAUGUACUACAAGUUAUCACCCUUGUAGUAAUGCAACUGCUGAGCGACCCAUUAGACAAAUUAAAGCUUCACUUAUGGCACAAUGUUCAAACAACCAUGAGUGGUAUCAAAAUUUAAGUUUAGUUUUGUUAGGGAUACGUACUGCAAUAAAAUUAGAUUUAAGUUUAUCCUCGGCGGAAUUAGUAUACGGAUCAUCCUUACGUUUACCUGGGGAUUUUUUUUCAAACAAUAUAAACCUGGACUUAGAAUCACCUAAUGAAUUUAUAGCGCGUCUUAGACAAUUCGUCCAAGACUUAAAACCAACAAACCCAAGAAUACCAGAAAAUAGAAAAACCUUCAUAUUUAAAGAAUUAAAAGAUUGCACACAUGUAUUUUUACGUGUUGAUGCAGUUAAAAAACCUUUGAUACCGCCUUAUAUUGGUCCAUUCCAAGUGUUAGAAAAACAUGCAAAGUACUAUAAAAUAGAUAUUAAUGGUAAUCCUCAAACUGUUAGUAUAGAUAGAAUAAAACCGGCGCAUAUCGAAACAGAACUAGAAAUACCAACUGAGCCGAAUACUGAAACAGCGUUAUUGUUUUUAAACAGGCCUGAACCGCCAACAACAACGCGUUCCGGCAGAACGACACGCCACAACCGCCAGCAUGAUUACGCUUAUUAUUAGUUUUCUCGUAAAUGUAUGUAUAUAUUCUUAUGCUUUUCCUCUUAACUCUCCUAGCCCAACAGUGUCAGUGAAUUUUUGUGAUCCAAAAGUACCCGUAGCAGAAUAUGCCAUACCGGAACCACCAAAUUGUAAACGAAAUACUAUCACCCGCGUAGAUUAUUGCGAUGCCACGGUACAUAAAUUAUCUUCAGCAUACACUAAUAUUACAGUGUAUGUCUGCCAAAAAUCUGUCACAGAAUGGCAGGCAACUAGAUUCUUUUUUGGUUCGAUUUAUGACAAAUCUAAAUCUUAUAUGGCCGAUCCUCCAACUUCUUUAUAUUGUCAAGAUUGGGUUCAUUCUCUCAAAGCUGAAAAUAUUGGUGAUUUGAAAGUAACCUCAGAAAAUACUUGGUCUACUGAUAAUGAAGUAAAAUACGAAUAUAAUUGGCCAACAACCACAACUGGGAAAAUUUUUAAUGCACAUUUGGCUCUUACAACAAUUUAUUAUGACCAUAUAAAAGGUAUUCUUUUAGGCCCAUUUUCAGGAUUAUCCACUUGCAGUAUUACUUCCGGAUCUUGUACUGUAGGUACUCAAACAAUUAUUUGGAAAAAUUACCCAUUAAUAGAUUGUCCCCCUUUUAAAAAUUUCAAUUCGAAAAUGGCAUUGCAUUAUAAUGCGUCGGGUGACAUUUACCGAUUAGACUUUCCGGAAUUGGGAGCCAGCAUCCACCAAUGGGGUUCAUGUGGUGCUUAUGUUCAAAGAUGUUUUAAUACAAAAACAUUUUGUACAAAUAAUGCACUUUUAUUUGAAACUCACAAAUGUUCUUCAUUGAAAGCUGCUGGUUUCAUCAAUUCUAAAUACCCAAAACUAAGGUAUUCCGUAGUGGUAGAUUCUGUUUCUAGCACUCUGACUGGCUUUAUUCAGGAAAAUACUGACAGGGUAACCGAGGUAAUUGUUAAUAUAUCAUCAGACAUCAAUUACCUCGAGUGUCAACUGGAAAGUAUUCUAACCCGAAUAUACAAAACUCUAAGUAAACAAUAUCCAGGUCAAAUUUUAAAUGAAGUGUUAGGAGGCAAACAUGCUGCUAUAACGGUAGGGGAUAUCCUCACAGAAAUACACUGUGAGCAAAUAAACGUUACUAUAUUACGAUCACUAUACUAUAAUAAUACUUAUGCAACAAGGCCACUUGUAACGUUUCUCAACAAAAAUAAUGUUACCAUAGUUGCGCAGAUAUUUACAGAUACGAAUGUCUACGCAGGUAUACAUUUUUUUGAAAACUUCGUCUCCGGACGAACGUUUACUUUUGCAAUCAAUGGGCGAUACUAUACGUAUAUCAAUUACACGCUAACUCAUACAAAUGCCCACAUACAAUCUCUAAGGCCUUCUUUAACCAAAAUCAACGAAACCUUUAAACCAAUGGAAUAUCAAAAGAUAUUCCAAGAUAUGCCCCACGGAGGACACUCAGGCUUCGAAGAUCUCAAUAAUAUUCUAAUUUCGAUCAAUCACCUGAACUUGAUCAAAGAAAAGAUAUUAUUGGAUCACAAGUCGUCCUCCGAAACAAAUACAAACAACCAAUUUACUACAACUAAAAACAAAGUUGAAGACAACUUUGUAAACGCUUUAUCAUUUAUCAGUCAUCCAAUUUUGUCGGCUUUCUACAUGCUAGCAUGGCAUUUAGGAAUGUUUUGGGGUAUUGUAUUGACCAUACUCGUCAUAAAGCGUAUGAUACCAAUGCUCAAAACCUCGUCAACGCCUGUAUAUAACAGAGCUAGACAAUUUUGGAUGAAUUUUAGAAACCCCGCUCAGGAACUUAAUCCUGUAGAACCUUUGCCAAACGUAAAUAGAACAAAUAGAGAAGACACUGAGACUGCUGUACCUAUACAUGCCCCCCAUACUUCCAAUAACCUACCCAAUCUAUACCCCAAUCUUCCUUCUUGAAAUUUUCACCUCUCUUGGUGACAUGUUUUUCUUAUUUACAUUGUAUUGUAUCACAUAUUUUGUUUGGUGAAUAUACACUUGAAUAAAUAUUUAAAAAAAAAAAAAAAAAAAAAAAAAAAAAAA